CUGCAGGAAGCUGCACCGGCACGAGGACAUUCGAGUUCCGGCCGCACGUGUCAACAGAUCCUCCCGCGGAACCCCGGACCGAGGAGCCCCGCCUUUGACGUCCUGAUGUCUCGUUGCGCGUGCGUGUUGCUGUGGAUGGCGUGCAGCUGCGUCACGGCGUGUGCAGAAAAAAGUGAGGGCAGGUUGUUGUCCUCGGGGCAGUUUGCAGGUCGGCCAGCAGAUAGCGCUCAUCAGAAGGCCGGCGGCGCCCCCUCGCCCACGCUGCCACCCCUCUAUGGACCCCCCCGGCAGGAGGCCCGGAGCCCAGCGCCUGAGUUCAAGGAUGAGGUCACGCUCCCCGAUUUGGAUGCAUCAUCAUUGACCACGCCCCUUUCAGAAGCUUCCGGCUGCUCCGUGACCUUCACACAACCCGAAGGUUACAUCGACUCGUCAGACGCCGUUCCCUCGGCCGGCGACGUACGCUGCACGUACACCGUGACGGUCUACGCGGGCUACGGCGUGGAGCUGCAGGUGAAGAGCGCUAAUCUGUCGGACGGCGAGCAGCUGUCCAUCAGGGGUGUGGCCGAGGGCGGGGCCUGGCUGGUGCUGGCCAAUCAGACGCUGCUGGUGGAGGGCCAGGUGGUCCGCAGUCCCAGCAACACUCUGAGCGUCUCCUUCAGGUCCACGCGUGACGUCGGCAACAUCGGCGCCUUCCUUUUGCACUACCAGAUCUAUCGUCUGAGUUGCUCGCUCCCCAAGCGCCCCCACUUUGGGGAGGUGUCAGUGUUGGACCUACUACCCGGGGGCACUGCCCGUUUCCACUGCCACAUGGGCUACCACCUGCAAGGGGAACCACUGCUCACCUGUGUCAAUGCUUCUCGGCCAGUUUGGAACAGGAAGGAGCCCACCUGCAGAGCUCUCUGCGGUGGCUCCGUGAAGAAUGCUACUCUGGGGAGAGUUCUGUCCCCCUCACCCUACCACUGGUCCAACGCCACUCAAGUCCACUCAUGCUCCUGGUCCCUGGAGGCCGCCAAGGGGCAGAGGCUGCACUUGCAUCUGGAGCGACUCCUGCUCGGACCCUCGGAAAGGCUGGUUCUGUGGAGCGGCCUGGAUGCCGGUUCCGUGGUUCUGUUCGACUCUGGUCGGAGUGGGCACGUCCCUUUUGAGGGGAUAAUCAGCGAGGGUCCGGCCGUGAGGAUCCAGUUCUUCACGGAGCAGCCAGACCAAAACAUGGGAUUCAACAUCCGCUAUGAAGCCUUCGAGCGAGGUCGCUGUUACGAGCCGUACCUCCAGAACGGCAAUUUCACCACAUCGGAUCCCCUGUACGGCAUCGGCGCUGUAGUCCAGUUCACCUGUGAUCCCGGCCACGCCCUGGAACAGGGCCCACCUGUCAUCGAGUGCAUCAGUGCCAGGGACCCUUACUGGAACGACACUGAACCGCUUUGUAAAGCUCAGUGCGGGGGCGACCUGAGCGGUCCCGGCGGCAUCAUCCUCUCACCCAACUGGCCCGAGUGGUACGGCGAGGGCGAGGAGUGCGCGUGGAGUGUCCACGUCGAAGAAGACAAGCGGGUGCUCAUCGACGUGCAGCUUCUCAACAUCAGCGAGGGCGACUUGCUGACGGUGACGGACGGCGACGACGGCGCCGCCCGCCUGCUGGGCCGCUACUCGGGGGGACGCAGCCCCUUCAAGCUUUUCUCCAGCACCCCCGAUCUCAGCGUCACCUUCCACUCGGACCCAGCCGGACUCGUGCAAGGCAAAGGGGAGGGCUUCAUCAUCAACUACAUGGAGGUUUCCCGUAACGACUCGUGCGCCGACCUGCCGGAGAUCCAAAAUGGCUGGAAGACACAUAGCGAUGGCGUGGCAGUACGCGACACCCGAGUGACCUACCAGUGUGACCCGGGUUAUGAACUGCAGGGCGGCGCCACCGUCACGUGCCAGCUGGACCUCUCGUGGAGCGCACAGCCACCAUUUUGUCAGAAGAUCAUGUAUUGUUCGGAUCCCGGUCAUGUGGAGCACGCCACCCGCUCCCUGUCAGACCCCAAGCUGCUCGUGGGGACCACCAUUCGGUACCGAUGCAGACCCGGGUACAUCCUACAGGGCGGCGCUACCGUCACCUGCUACGGCCGUGAGCCGGGGACGCCCGUGUGGACCUCGCACCUCCCACGAUGCAUCCCCAAGGACUCCUUAUCGUGUGCCAACCCCGGCGUCCCCGACAAUGGGUACCAAGUGACGUCCAAGCGCGUCUUCGAGCCCGGGGAAACGCUAGCGUUUGUCUGUUACCAUGGUUACCAGCUGGUGGGCGACAUUGCCAUUAAGUGUGUCCAGGGAAGCCCCUCCUACUGGAGUGGACCGCUGCCCGUCUGCAGAGGUGACCAGGCCUGCUUCGCCAACCAUGCUUUGGAAGUGUCACAUGCCGGCGGUGGCGUCGGCACGGUGGUGGAGAGCGGCAGUUUUGCAUUGAUCGCGUUCCUCUUGGUUCUGCUGAUGUCCGUGCUGCUGGGCGGGAUUUACUUGCUGGCCACGCGGGGCCGCGCCGGCUCCAACCUCGGUCUGCCGCUCGUGUACCAGCACCCCUAUCGGCAGAUCACGGUGGAGGCCGAAAUUGACAACCCGCUGUACGAGGCGGGCGGCGGGGACGCUUGCGAAUACGAAGUCUCCAUUUGAAGAACUCUGGCCACACCCCACCACUUGGGAGGAGGUGAUGUAAAUAGCCUAAAUGAUGUCCGGCCCCUUCUGAUGCCCUUUGGUGGGGAGGCCAAAUAGGCCGAGGUACGGGCCAAACUGCCAUAGGGAAGAUGGGAAGUACAACAAAGAGGCCAAGUCCAAUGACGACUGUUCAACACCCCCCCCGUAUACAGAACUAUGAUCAAUUGAGACCAUGACAUUAUUUCUGUAGAAACAAGUCUCACUCACCGCAACGUUGUCAGUUUGGCCUGAAUCGAUGCUAAGCUAACAGGAAUGCUAAACUAAUGUUCCAGACAACCUCGUGAAAAGCCUGCAUGGAGGUCAAGUUUGUUUUGCUGCCACCUGCUGACGAGCACUGACAUUGUUUUCCAUCUUUCUUGACCACUUGUUGGUGCCCUUCUCACAUUGUACGGAGUGUAAAUAUGUAAAUGCUGUAGGUGUUCAAGUCAUAAUAAUGACAAUAACGUCAUAUUUUAUGUCAUGUGAUGAUCUUGUGUCAACGUUUUAUCAAUGGUGGACAAUUGAUAAUCAACUGUGGGAAAGUUUAUUUCAACAAUUCAAAGGUUUGUGACGUCUUCUUGACAAUUUUCUUUGUUUUCUUGGUGUCAACACACGAAAAUUGCGUUCCAUCUCCCCUAACCCCGUCAGGCAGGUUCUGUAAUCUUUGACCACUUCGCGCGUGCGCCUUUUCUCGACCGGC